AUGCUGGUGGUGCCCAGGGCGGGGCGGGCGGGGCCGGCCGGAAAGGGCAAAGUGGGGCGGCUGCCGCGGAUCGGGCAGCCGGCGGUGGACGGGGCGACGGAGAGGGCGCUGUCAACGGAGCUGAUCUUUCACGUGGAGAUCGAUGCGUGGGACAGGAUGAAAGGAGGCCAGCCCAAGGGGCCACAGGGCGAGGCGGCGCCAACCGCAUUCCUUCAAGUCCUGAGGCAGUGGGAUAGUGCCGCCAACGACUUCUGCAUUCAGGUCCUGAAAGACGUCCAGGAGGUGAAGAGCAACCUGGCCUUUGGCGCGUCCAACUGGAGCCCAAGGGCUGUGGGGGACGCUCUUGCAGCCAUGGGAUACAAGGUCUGCCUGAGGAUUGCUGUUGGCGGCAGGGAUAACACCCUCUUCCAAGAACUUCACCAUGAAUUCCUGGUGGUGUGCUUGGAGGGAUCUGAUGAAGGGGAGGAGGAUGCUGAGGUUGUCGUUGAGCUGAACCUCCGGGAUCAGUUCAGGGUACUGAACCCCACACUGCGCUACUCGCAGAUUGUGGAUGCGAUCCCAGAGGAGUACGUCGGGCCAGCGCACAAGUUGAGCGACCUGGUGGAGCUUUUAUGCCAAGAGAUGGCAUCCUCGUUUCGCUGCAUGGGCACCACGCUGCCUCCCUGGAGGCGCCACCAAAGCAUGAUUUCAAGGUGGCGCCCCAAGGUCUACAGGGAUGUGCGCCUGGACUCCAGAGUGUUCCGGACUGUGGAAGUGGAACAUGAGUCUACUGUCAACGAUGGGCCCACCAGCAAAGAUGGAGACGGGGCACAGGAAUCCUCAAAGGCCUGA